AUGGCGAAGGCGCGAAGGCACGCCGAAGACCGCCUGCUCGGCACCGCGCACGGCCGGGCGGCCGGCUCUGAUCUCCCGGACCUCUCCGAGGAUGAUGUCUUCUCGGCCUUAGAAUCCGGAUGGAGCCUAACUGACCCCGGCCGGAGUCGUUGCGAAGGGGAGGGCGAGGACAGGGGGGCGUCACUCCCGCCGGUGGCGUCCGCGGUGAUGUCGGCGCCAGUGGAGGUGCCGGCGUGGACGAGACUUCACCGGGUGGAGGACGAGGAGGAAGCAGAGUUUGGCGGGUGGAUGCCGCCGCACGAGUACCUGGCGAGGGCGAAGGGGAGGAGCGGCGGGACGACGAGGUCGGUGCUGGAAGGGGCGGGGCGGACGCUGAAGGGCAGGGACAUGAGCCGGGUUCGCGACGCGGUCUGGAAUCGGACCGGCUUCUACGGUUGA